AUCAGCUAGAGCAGCCUUGCUGGAAAUGUCAGCAAGACAGUUCAAGGUUGAUCAGAUUAUAUGUGUAUCAACCACAGUCCAGCACACUUGGAUAACAGAGAUAAGAACAUAACCACAGUCUUCUGCUUAACUCAAGAUGGCUCAGGAUGGCAAGGUCCUGGCUCUGGGGGUUCUGGCUGGUGCAGCAGGGAUCAGCUUGGCAGCGUUUUGGUACCAGAGCCGGAAAGCCAUGGUGGGGGAAGCAGGGGCAAGUACAUAUUAUCUUUCAAGCAGCAGAAACUCGGACCAGCUUGGAGGUGGUUUGGCAUUGCAAGCAAGCCAGACAGAGGUGCUGGAUCACCUCGGAGCUCUGAUUCAGUGUGUGUCAGAGCUGAAAGAGGAGGUGAAGGCCCUGAAGAAUGCUCUUCCACACCUGCAGGACCACAUCAGAGAUGAGUUAACAGGGCGGAGUCAUAGGACAAGCCCACUGAAUAGAAGCACACCUACAAGGAGAAAGAGAACCAGCGGUGUGUCCAGAGCACAGGUGCAAAGCUCAGAGGAAGCAGAAAGUGAAGGAGGAUAUAUCACAGCACUGACUGACACUGAAGAUGAGGGUGAGAGUGAAGAGGGUCGCAAAGGUGUAGAGCCGCUGGAUGAGCUCACGGUUCUGUUACAGAGAGCGGAUGGGCUGCAUGCGCGUAACGGAGCUGAAAAGAAAGAAGGCUUGUCUGCUCUUCUUGAGAAGAAAGAAGAGUAUGAACAGAAGUGGCAGUACCUAUGGCGCCUAACAAGAGCCUAUGCUGAUGCUCAUGACCUGGCUGGAGACCUUCAAGAGAAGAAGAUAUAUGCCGAAACAGGAAAGCAAAUCGGAGAACUAGCCAUUUCGCUGAAUCCGAUGUGUGCUGAAAGUCAUCAGUGGUAUGCUAUACUAUGUGGACUUCUAUCAGAAUAUGAAUCUAUCCAGAAUAAGAUAAAGAAUGGUUAUCUCUUCAAGGACCAUUUGGAUAAAGCCAUUGAGCUGAAGCCAAAGGAUCCACUGUCUUAUUAUCUGCUGGGCCGCUGGUGCUAUGCUGUGGCCCAGUGUACAUGGAUUGAGAGGAAAAUUGCUGCUACAUUGUUUGGAGAGCCUCCGAAUGCAACAGUCCACGAUGCCAUGCAUAACUUCCUCAAGGCAGAGGAGAUCUGUCCAAGAUACUCUAAAUUCAACUAUGUGUUUUUAGCAAAGUGCUAUAAAGACCUGGGCCAGAAGAACCAAGCCAAGAUGAUGUGUGACGCUGCAUCCGAUAUGAAAAUAAUAACUAGAGACGACGAGGAAGCACAAAAGGAGCUGGACUCUCUUCUCUUGUCUCUUUAAUCAGAAACAGAAUCAAAACACUCUUCAUGUCUUCUCUACAUUUAGGCCACAGUUGUGGUGAUGGCUCAAGUUGUGACCGUAUGACUGUUAUUUUGACUCUGACUUAAAUUUUUCUGCUGAAUGUAAAUGACUAUUACUAUUAAAGACAACUAAACUUUGACCAGUGAUAAGCUGCAUCACGACAUAUGGCACAAACUAUGAGGCAGCAUGUCAUGCUUUAAUCUGUCACAGAUCAAGUUUCACUUCUCCCAUCUUUAUGCUGACUGGAAAUGAAUGAGCGAUAAUCUGGAGCACAAUAUGUUGCCUCAUAGUUUGUGACAUAUGCCAUUUUACUACAAAAAGUCAUAAAUGAAAAGCACCCAUAUAGUAGCAAACAAAUAUUUUAUUCUUUAGCUAGCCAUCCCAGACGUGUAAGAGCUUUCCUCUGUUCUUGAUACCAUGACCAGUGUUCAUUGCAAUCCAAUCCAUUACAUUACAUGUUGUUUUGCACAAUUUCUCCUCUUUCUUGUCUAUUUUCAGUACAUUUUCACACGAUUGGAAAGUGGUUUUCAUAUUUGUUCUUUGGAAAAACAUACAUUUAGAAUUUUUUUUUUUUUUUGCGGGGGGAUGGAGGGCAUAUAGCGGAUUUUUAUAUGUACUGGUAAAUGUUAGUAAGUAAAUGUCGUUUUACAUCAUUCUUGAGUAAACUGAUUACUGAUUCAAGAAUUUAUUAAAAAUUUAUUAAAAUCAUAAAAUGUGAAAUCUAGAAUGUUAAUGAAAUGCUUCUGAUCUUGAUUUAGAGAUUCUUUGUACUUAAAUAUGAGAGAUGUCAUAUGCUCCCACUUCUUAGUAUAGGAAGUAUGUUAAACUAUAAAACUAAUCCUGAAUAUGUUAAUGUAGGUUAAUGUAAUCCCAAUCCUCUAUACCUAUGUCUAAUUAAAACCAGCUGUUUUUACAGCUAGUCUAUUCCACUAACAGAAUGGAUGAAAAAGAAUGCAGGCCUCUGUCAAAAACUGAAAUGUAUAAUGGGUGUUAAACUGGAUGUUAAAAUGUAUUGUUUAGAUGAUGCCCAUGAGAUUUGUUUGGAUGUUUUUGUAAGAAUGAUUACUUACUUUUUUUAGUUUUUGUAUAUGUUUCAGCCCAACCAAAGAAACCAAAAGAAAAUAUAGCACCCAUGUCCGUCCUGGGUUUUUUGUUUUGUUUUGUUUUUGUUAUUAAUUUGUUGUUAAGGGUUUGUGUUGUAGUUUGUCAGCAACAUCAAUAUAUUAUUCAUUGUAGUUUAUUCUUUAUGAACUUUGAAUUAUUAUGUGUAAUCUGUGAAAUAGUAGCUGCUCGUAUUAUUGAGUUAAAAAUCAAAUCAAAUCAAAAUUUAUUUCACAUACACAUACAUACAGAGUACGACAUGCAGUGAAAUGCUUUUUGCAUCUGUCCAGUAUUCAAACAUAAAAGGAAUGCAAUUAGGGAUAAAAAAAAUAAAACCAAAAAGGAGGUAGAUAAAUAAAAAGUAUAAACUAUAUAAAAACUAUAUAAAAUAUGAAAAUAUAUGUGAAAAAAUAAUGUAUAUACAUAAAUGUGUAUGGUUUUAAUGACUGUCCUUAAAGUGUCCAUGUGCAGUAUGGUGUGUAUAAAGUGGCACUGUGCUGUGCAAGUCUAGAGUUAAAGUGCCAUAUUCUCCAUAUUAUAAUUUUACACACAGAAUAUAUAAAAAUACUAAAUAUUGUUGUUUUACAUUGCUUUGAUCUACCAAAUGUGUUUUGGUAUAAAUAUUAUGUGAUUAGAAUGUGAAAUAUAUGACCCUCACUAAAAUGGUAAAAUGUAUCUGGAUUAUUCUCUCUGUACUGUAACUUCCAGGGCUGCGAUUGGUAACAGGUUUGAAUCAUUUGCAAUCAGUUGUCUUGAUGAUAACAAUAAAUAAUCUCUGUCCUUCCCUCCAGAAGGAAGGUCUGAUGAA